AUGGCCACUGCCAGGUCCAAGGUGGACCUGGCAGAAAUUGGCAUCGCCUCGCUGAGGCCGCGAAGGGCGGUGACUGGGGGGUUAAUUUUGGAGGUCCCUGGCACCGAUGGGGCCGCCAAGGCCACCGUCCUCGCCACAAAAGUUGCGGAAGCGCAGGCGGGAACCGGCGUAAAAGUCGCGCGCCCGGUCAAAAAAGUCGACCUUAGGGUGCGCAGCCUGGUCGAUUCGACCACGCCGGCGGAGGUCGCUGCGGAUAUUACCCGCGUGGGCGGGUGUAACGAGGCGGACAUUCAUACCGGCGAAAUCCGGUCUUUUCCCUCGGGAUUGGGCACCCUCUGGGUCCGAUGUCCUGCCGCGGCCGCUGGCAAGGUUGCUGUCGCGGGCCGGAUAACUGUCGGCUGGACCCAGGCAGCCGUGGAGGCCCUGAGUGCCCGGCCUCUGCAGUGUUACCGUUGCCUUGGUGUUGGCCACACCAGUCAGCGGUGCACUGCUGCCGAGGAUAGGUCCGACUGCUGUUAUAGAUGCGGCAGUCGGGACCAUAAGGUGGCAGCCUGUACGGCCACGAUCAAUUGUCCGCUUUGUGCGGGCGCGGGCAAGCCGUCUGGUCACCCCCUCGGCAGCCGUGCAUGUCCUGCCAGUGCGAGGCGAGGCAAGGGAGGCGGCCAAAGGCCGUCUGCCAGAUUUAAUAAUAAAGGGAAGGAAACCACGAUGGCCAAGGCAGCGACCACCGUGGGCAGUAACGAAAAGGCAGCAUCGCCUGAUGCUACCGUCGCGCCUGCGGGGGCGGAUGGGGCCUCUAAAGUCCCAGACGUCACCGCAUCCGCGGCCGUGACGGCGAUGGACACGGCUGAGUAA